AACACGUCUCUUGUCUUCCGCGACUUCGGCAAUUCACAGUUACAGGUUCGAGACAUCAGCCCUGGCCCAUCCCCCAGCUCGGAGGGCAGGAGAACGAUGUGACAGCACCCACAACGGCCACUGGUGACGCCCUGGGGCUCCUUCCGCAGCUCGGGGCGCAAGAGCUGUUUUGAUACCCAUUUCACAGCUGCAGAGUCGAGGCCAAGGGCCCGUGAGGAACAGGUCGCCGGGGACCGAGUCCUCGCCUUGCUGGCCCACUGUCUUUGCGCCUGGCACACGGUGAAGACCGAGCAACGGGGGCUGGGGCCUCUGCCUACGGUUCCACCGCUUUCCUUCACUACAAGGGCUAGAAGAGAAGGAGGCACACAAGGAAAACAAAAGUGAAAAUCAUUUCUCGCCAGGCUCCCUGUUCUUCGGAUACGGAAAAGAGCAGAGAUGCCCUUCUGAGCUUCACAGUAACAGAGACCCCUGAAAUCUGCCCAGGUGUGCAAGCAGAACGUCGUGUGACCCCCGAGCACGCCUCUAAUCCUCCCAUGGACCGAAACAGCUCAACUUUGGGGUGGCAGGAGCCCCUGGACGAGGAGGCAGGGAUGGAAAGCCCGAGGGACCAGGAGGACAUUCUUCUGCAGCAACAAGAUAGAGACCUGUCGGCUGAAGAAAUAAUAUUUUUGGAGGAGUUUCCCAUCCUCAAAGAGGAGCUAGAAGAGGAAAUUAGAGAGCUCUAUGCCCUUGCAGACAACAUCGACACAGCCCACAAAAGAGUCACCAAGACCAACAUGGUGGCCACCUCCAUCACUGUGGUCUCAGACACCAUGAGCAUCCUGGGUCUGGUCCUCGCGCCAACAACAAUAGGAGGAAGUCUCAUGCUCUCUGCCGCUGGUAAAGCUCUGGGGACAGCAGCCAGCCUCACCAGCAUCUUCACUGACGUUAUGGAACACUUCCAGAAUCAAGAAGCUCGAACCCGGGCCAGCAGCCUAGUGCCCACCUGUGGCCACGAGGUCACGGAGGCUCAGGAAAAGGCCUUCCAUGCCAUAAGUGUCGGAAAGAAGGCCUUCAGCUGUGGAAGUAACAUCAGGGAUGUCAAGAGGAACAUCCGUGCCUUUCAGGUGGCCAGAGCCCACCCGCGCCUGGCCACUGCCGCCAAGCGUCUCCUGACCACCGGCCAACUCUCGGCCCGAAGGAGCAGUCAGGUGCAAAGGGUCUUUAAGGGCACAGGGGUGGUGGUAAAGAAAAGUGCUCGCGUGCUGUGUGGAGCUGUGACUGGCUUCUCCCUCUGCCACGACGUGGUCACCCUCCUGAGAGACUGGAGGCAACUGAAGGAAGGAGCAGGAACCAAGAUGGCAGAAGAGCUGAGGGCCCGUGCUUGGGAGCUGGAAGACCAGCUGACAGAACUCACCCAGCAAUACGAGAGCCUCCAGCAGCAGAACCUCCUGCAAGAGGAAAGGCCCAGGAUCUCAUCUUCAGGCGGAGCCCCGGGGUCUCUGGCUCGGUCCCCAGACAGGCGUGGGGAAGCGGGACCCCAGGCGACAGGAGAGGAUUAGGGCGGGCUGAGUCCAGGCGCCUCUGAGCAGAAUUAAAGGGGACAGGGACGGGACAGGCUGGAUUGGCAGAGGCGAUGCCUGGAGACUCAG